AUGCUGAUUAAACCUUUAUUGUUCGCCUCUCUCAUCGGCGCCUUCUGGGGGAACGAUGGACCAGCCAAUGCCGAUGUAGCUUAUGACUCGAAUUCCAAGGAUUCUUCCAAAACGUGGUUCCCCUCUGUCCUUCUCUCCAUCGCAGAGAAGGAUAAAUCCAUCUUACAAGACGCCGCAGUGGACCUAUACGAUGGUAAAGAGGACAAUGGCUUCCAAACUGAUAAAGUUAAGAUCAAAUUACCUAAACCGGAGGGGGGAAAACAAGAAAUCGAAGUGAGCUAUGAUGAUGCGUUAAAGUUAGAUAAGGAUGUUGGUAUUCAAGGAGGAUAUUAUUGGUGGCCAGCUGCUUUCCGAUAUGCGAUCAACCAAAUCCAAGGUUGGAAAGGCAUCGAUGAUCAAGGUUAUCUUACCGAUGAGGGUGAUCCCGAGAUUGGGUUCAACAUGUUGACCGAUAAGAAGGUCGAGAUCAAAUCCCCUAAUGACCUUGAUGACGUUUGUGAACUCACUUACAUAGGAAAGUUCAUUGAAGAUAAUUCCAUCUCCAAAUCUGCUGAUGAUCAAGAUAAAGCACCCAAAAUAUCGAUAGUACUGAGUACAAAUGAUAAAGUGACAAGCGAUUCGGGUCUGAGCAAAAAUCAUAAUUACGCUUUACUUUAUACCGAUGAUGGUAAUAAGAUUUGGUUGAAAGAUCCAGACGCAAAUGUAGGAUUCAAGAACCCCAAAUUCGAUGAUAUCAAAAAUUCAAUUGAUAAACUUUAUUUGGUUGGAGAUGCUAUCGAGGGAUUAUAA